GGAAGUUUCUUGACGUUGGGAUCGUGCAGUUGUAACUAAUCAGGAUAUAUAUACAGUUCGGGAUAGAGUUUCCGUACAGUAGGUUCGCAGGUUAGAAUCGCCCAAAACUAGUUAUUGUCGCGCUUGUAGUGCAAAUAUCCCUUGUGGUCGAAACCGAACCAAAACCGAUGGUUAACCACGGCUACCGAUCGUUUUUCAGGCGGUUUUUCUGUUGUGUUGCUAUGGUUUCGGCUGUAAUCGUCGAUUCUUAAAAUAAUCGUGGGUAACCGUCGGUUUUCGUCCGGUUUCGACCAUAUGUUUAUAGAACAUAACAUAUCAGUCACCAGAACUUGAGUGAUGAAAACGCUUCAGUAUUUUUAAAACUGUAAACUUCUGAAAGCACUUUACUGUUAAGUUUAGGUAGAAGAAAACGCUGGAGAUAGAUCGCUACAAUCAGUGUAAAACCUCAUAAAAUUACGCUGAUAGUAGCGCUCUCGUCUAGGGUUUCUCCGCUAGCGUAUCUUAACCGAAUAUUUCACUAGAUGUCGCUGCUGUAUGUAUGUCGGGAGAAUGUUAAGAUACUUCGAGAAAGUGUUAAAAUAAAGAGAGUGACACAAUAAAAGAUCUGGGUCUUCUACUCUGUCCUCAAAAAUAAAGUUUUUAGAAGGGUCUUCUAUUAUGUCCCUGAAAGAAUGUUGUUCUUGUUGAGGAUUAGUAUGUUUUUAUUUAAUUUUUUGUAACUCAGUUGUUUUUCUCGUUGUUUGCAACAAUUCUUUUUGAAGAAAAGAAAAUCAAAAAUCUCUUACAUAGGCACAAAAUGAAAAUUACAUUGUUCCAUGUGCACAGUUAUGUGUGCUUCAGUGAAAAAGAGAAUUGGCUUCCAGUAGAAAUAUUUAUUAUGAAUAUUUUGGCUACUCCAUAACUGUGUUCUCAAUUUGCUUUGCUAAAUCUGAGAAAUAUGCAGGAUGAAUUUUGUCAAAAAUUAGUGUCUAUUGAGAUUUUAUAUAGAUACUUGAUAACGUUCUAGACUGCUUUUUAUAGCCUUUCCAAGAUCGGUUCCCAUACCGCUUAAUAUAAACAUUGUGGAGUAAAACAUUAGAUCUUUCUCGUUCCAAAAAUAUCGUUUAUGUGCUUUACGGGAAGUCUAGUUUCGCUUUUAUAAGGAACAGUUUCGAUAACAAUGAAUUUUGAUUUAUAAGUAAAAAUGUGAAAAGUAAGAGGGAGUCUAACUUUUACAAUAUGAGUUCAAGAGGAGGUCUUCUAUUUAAGGGGGAUCUUCUAAUGUGUCUAUCCCUUUAGUAAAAUACCUUGAUCGGGAUGUAGAAUUUGAACCUAGAGAAUUAUUUAAAAAAAGGUUGCUGACCGGAAUUUUAAUUAUUUAAUUUAAAUAUAUACCGAUUGCGAUAUAUGUUUUUUGGUUACACCCUGAUCGGGAUAUAUUUAGAUUCAAAACGAGAUACAUAUCCCAAUUGAUAUAGGGCAUGAAUCUCUCCUACUAUAAUAGACUAAAUUUUGGUUUUUUUGUUGAAUUUUUCACAAAAAAUUGUACUGAUAUUACUUAUGUAUGCAAUAGCGACGAUCUAAACGAAAAAAAAUUUCUUUUUCUUUUCCCUGGGUAUCGUUCGGAUAUAUGUUGAAAAAGUUCAUUAGAUCUAUAGAAAAAUUUAUCUUAUCUCUUUGUACAAAUAUGGACAUCCAACUAUGCUCACUUGAUUUGUGGAUAUCGUUCUAUUACAUAUCCGUUUUUUUUUUUUAUUUGUUCUCUCACAGCUGAUCUGCAUAUCUCUUUUGUCUUAUUCUGUCAGUACAUUAUUCGGCAUACCAUCAAACUAAAUAAUAUACAGCAAAUAUUUUAUGAUAAAAAAGAGUAAAUGUCUCUAGAAAGAAAAAGUCUCCAUUUUAUGCCCGUGUUUAGUAGAAAUAUGUAUCAAUUGUACUUACGAACGACUAAGGUAUUCUAUUGAGCAUUAAGUAUAUUCUGAUUAAGUAUAUUCUGUUACAUAUAGACUCAGAUUUAACGUGACAGUCAAAAAGAGGAGAAUCAUUUUGUAACAGAUAACAUAUUUUUUAACAUAUAAAAUUUCAAUUUUGAUUUGAUGGAUAUUAUACAAUUAUCUUUUUUAAUAUUUAUCUGGUGCUUCAUCGUUGUCAAGCAUACGACAGGUAUAUCAUUAUACAUGUUUUUGUGAAAGAGAAAAGUGUUUUACAGAUGAUAUAGAAUAAUUGUACGAAUAAUGAUAGAAAUUUAAUCUAGGAUCGCAUGGGGUCAAUUGGUUCACCUAUUCAAAAUUUGUUAGUAGUUAGCUUAUUUCUAUGCCGUUUUUCCAUCGAAUAAAUAAACAUUUAUCCGUUUACCGAUGAAACAUAUCUAUGACUCUCGUCUCAUUUUAGAGCAGUAUACAAACGGAGACAAGUGCUGUCAAAAUAGUCCGAUUUUUAUCGCAUACGACUCUAAUAAAUUGUAUUUUUAGUGCAAAGGAAUAUUUCUUGAAAAGUACAAAAUACAAUUUUAACAUUUAUCCGUGUUUUCUUUUAUUAAACAUUGUGAAUGAGCAAUAAGUCGUAGUAAAGCUGAUUAGAGAGAUUCGUCCUUGUUACAACUAAAUUAUAACAAUUGUUAUUCUUAUAGGAUUCCAUGAGAGUGAUUUUCAAUUUAAAUCGAACAUCGAUUAUCUUUAUCAUUAUUCAACAGAUGUUCAUAUAGAUGAUAAAAUAUGGGAAGGAUCAAAAGAAAGUGAACAUAAACGAAAGUCUGAUUCAUCAUUUCAUAUUUAUGCACAUUUAAACGUCACAAGUGUAUGGCAAACAGAAAAUGGUGAUAAACAUUUAUUGAGAAUUGAUUUAAAAGAGCUUCGAUUUUUAAAUACAACAAAUCCUCAUAGUAUUAUUAAUUCUGUCACAUUGAACACGUUAAGUCAAUAUCCAGUCAUGACUCUAUGGCAAUCGGGAAAAAUUAUGCAAGUUUAUUUCAAUGAAAAGGAUAAUCUAGCAUCUAAGAAUUUGAAAAAAGGAAUAAUUAGUUUAUUUCAAUAUAAACAAGAUAAUACAUAUGAGAUUGAUACAUUAGGUCGGUGUACAACAGAGUAUUAUGUGUCCAAUGAUCGUCUAGUAAAAGAUAUAUAUCAUUGUACAAAUGUCCAUUAUAAUGACGAAUAUACAAGUCUAAAAACGGUUCUCAAUUAUACACUCGAUUUUCAAUCAACUUGUGUUUAUACAUUUGAAAAUAGUUCAUUAAAAACAUGUUUAUGUUCAGAUCUCGUGUUUUCAAAAUUAAUUAUUCCACAAUUAACUGGAUUUCGCGUCAUGUCAAGAUUGAAUAUUGAAUUAAUUGAAAAAGUGUCCAAUAAUAAACACCAGAUAUUUUCGACUAUGAACGAUGCUCUGAAAACAAUACUGGACAUCACACCAGAUCAAUAUCAUUCAUUAGAAACAGAAAAGCAGAUACAUCCCUGUAAUGAUUACUGUAAAAAGUUUGACGAGUUUAUCAAAGAUCAUAAACAAUAUUUACGUAGACAAUCGAUAGGAAAUCAUACAUCGAGUACAAUAUUUUUACAAUUAAUUCUACUUGUACGACGACAAAAUGAACAAACGCUCAUAAAUUCAUUGAAUAAUGCAACAAAUUCAAUCAGAUUUACACUUAUUGAAGCUUAUAUAUCAUCUCAAACGUCAACAGCAAUAAAUGUUGUACUCAAAUAUUUGGACAAUGAUGAAAAUAAAAAUAAAGAAUUAAUCGAAUGUUUUUUAAUGGCAGCUGCAUUUAUACCAAGACCGUCCGAAUUUCUUUUUGAACAAUUAAUGAAUCGGUUUAGAAAUUUAGAUAAUCAGAUAGAAACGAGUAUUUAUUCAACAUUAGGAGCAAUUGUACAUAAAAUAUAUUAUGAUAAUGAAAAGACUUCGAUUAUUGAGCAAUAUACAAAUUUUAUUCAAAAUUCAUUGAAAGAACAUUCAAAAACACAAAAUACCAAACGUCUUGUCUAUUUAUCAUUAUACAAUGCAAAAGUUGGUUUAUAUCAAAAUAUUUUAAUUGAUGAAAUUCGCUCAUGUUCAGACACAAAUUUAUGUUGGUUAGCAUUAAGUGCGUUAACUCAACUCGAUUGUACAUUAUUAUCAACAGACGUAUGUUAA